GCUGUGCAAUUUAACACUGGGCUCUAAUAGCUGAGCUAGCUCCAGCCUCUUUGCUACCGAGAGAGUUUGAAGCAAACCAGUUCCCUUUUUUUUAAAAAAAACUUUGGUUUAGGGAAGUCGGAAAAGUUUGUAAAAACUUUUUUCUCUCUGUUGUGUUGAAAGUUUGCCCUAGCUGUGAUGUUUGGAUUGUGAGUGGAGGAAGGGAGGGAGAGAGGUGGGGUGUGGGAAGCUAUGGCUGUAUACACUCUGACCGGCUUCUCCCUGGUUAGUUUAUUGUCUUUCGGUUAUUUGUCCUGGGAUUGGAUGAAGCCGGGUUUAACCGGGAGGAAAGGGCUCCCUGUGGAGAAGGGCAGUGACAGGGCGAAACCUCACAUCGUCUUCAUCCUGGCGGAUGACCAGGGUUUCCAUGAUAUCGGGUACCACAACUCAGACAUCCACACUCCGACCCUGGACAGGCUGGCGGCCGAGGGGGUGAGACUAGAGAACUACUACAUCCAACCCAUCUGUACCCCGUCCAGGAGUCAGCUCAUCACUGGGAGGUACCAGAUCCACACCGGCCUCCAGCACUCCAUCAUUCGGCCAAGGCAACCCAAUUGCUUGCCCCUCGAUCAGGUGACUUUGCCCCAGAAGCUGCAGGAAGCUGGCUAUUCCACCCACAUGAUUGGCAAAUGGCACCUGGGCUUCUACAAGAAGGAGUGUCUGCCCACCAGGAGAGGCUUCGAUACCUUCUUUGGCACGUUGACCGGCAGCACUGACUACUACACCUACGAUAACUGUGACGGCCCUGGCGUCUGUGGCUUUGACCUUCACGAUGGUGAGAAUGUGGCCUGGGAGUACAGCGGGAAGUACUCCACCUCCCUCUACGCCCAGAAGGUGACAAAGAUCCUCGCCACGCACAGCCCCAAGGAGCCCCUGUUUAUCUACGUGGCCUUCCAGGCCGUGCACACCCCGCUGCAGUCUCCAAAGGAAUACAUCUACCGGUACAGGUCAUUCGGAAACGUGGCCCGCAGGAAGUACGCAGCCAUGGUCACCUGCAUGGACGAGGCCAUCAAGAACAUCACUUUGGCCCUCAAGAGGUACAGCUACUACAACAACAGCCUCCUCAUCUUCUCCACCGACAACGGGGGGCAGCCUUUCUGGGGGGGUAGCAACUGGCCCCUCCGAGGGCGCAAGGGCACCUACUGGGAAGGUGGCAUCCGAGGCCUAGGCUUUGUCCACAGCCCACUGAUCAAGAAGAAGAGGCGGGUGAGCAAGUCGCUGAUGCACAUCACGGACUGGUACCCCACCCUGGUGUCACUGGCGGGGGGCAACAUGACAGAAAGCCCCCUACUCGACGGGUACAAUCUCUGGCCGACGAUCAGCGAAGGCAAGCGGUCUCCGCGCACCGAGAUCCUGCACAACAUUGACCCCUUGCACAGCCACGCCAGGUUCGGCUCCUGGCAGGAAGGACACAACCUCUGGAACACCGCCAUCCAAGCCGCCAUCCGGGUGGGGGAUUGGAAACUGCUGACCGGGGAUCCGGGCUACAGCGACUGGAUCCCGCCGCAGACGCUGCCCACCCUCCCGGGGAGCUGGUGGAACCUGGAGAGGCAGCGGGCAGGUCACCGGAGGUCAGUGUGGCUCUUCAACAUCACGGCUGACCCGUACGAGCGCGAGGAGAUCUCCGCCAAGCACCCGAAAGUGGUGAGGAAGCUGCUGGCCAGGUUGGCGUUUUACGACAGCACCUCCAUCCCGGUGAGGUACCCAGCGGACGACCCCCGGGCCAACCCAGAGCUCAACGGGGGUGCCUGGGGACCCUGGGCGAGUGAGGACGAGGAAGAUCAGCGAGGGAACGAGGUGGUCAAGCAUAAAAGCAAGAAAAAGUCCUGCAAGAUCUGCAAACUGAAAUCAUUCUUUAAGAAACUGAACACACGGAUAAUGUCCAACAGGAUAUAGUGAAUCAGGAGAAACAACUGUGUACGUUUGUGGGUAUAAUGACCUCACAGUUUUGGGGUCUGUCAGUUAGAAUGUUGACUUCCUUAUGAAUGACUUUGGUUGCUUCCCAUCGAGGGAGAGCCCGUCUGCAUGUGGAUUUUUCCAUAUUGCUUCUCCCUGUCUUCCCUCUCUCACGGAUGCUGGGUUUUGUUAUCAGCACACAUUACCAACUUGGCCUGAAUCCCCUUCAGUCCAGAAAGCAACGAGGUGUUAAAGACAUUCAAAAGGUUUAGUGGUUCCUCUACAUCCACCUGUUUCUUUUGGCGGUGGUGCAGAAGUGUGGAGCAAGACCGGAACAAAGAGAAAAAUGCUGACAAUUAGAAUGAGUCUGACAAGGGAUUUCCUUUUUGUUCUCUUUUGUGUUCUCCUGUGAGUGACAUUUUGCUGAUUUCUAUACUGAUUGUAAUUUGUGAAAGGUCUUUUACAUCAAGCCAUUGUGAACAUGGGUUAGUUCUGGAUCUCUGCUCAGCUGUUGGUUGGUUGAGUUCCAAGAAUUCUUCCAUUGAUUUAGCCAUGUAAUGACUUCCUGUCCCUCUGGUCAUCUGUCAGUCCUCACUGGUUUGUUGCAAUUAACUGUUCGCUUUCAACUCAAAUUGUUCUGUUCAAUUCAGCAUGCGAGCUGCAAUUUCACAUGCUGAUGUAAUUGGCCAUUAUUGCACCCACCCAGUUUACAGGCAACUAACACUGUCCUGAACCAGUUUAACCCUUUCCAUUCCUUCCUGCACCAACACCAGCAUCCCAAGAGUGAAUAGAAGUAACAAAACCGGAUACUUGUUUUAACCUUGGGGGACUGAAAGGUUCAUUUCUCCAGUUGGCACUGCUCAUAUCAGACAAAUGAUGAGCUUGUCUGUUAAACGGGUUGGAUUUAAAGGGUGAACAAUCUCAAUGCAGUUUAAUUGUUGCAGUUCGAGACAUCAUUGUAAAUCCUGAAGUUAGUUGAGUGACUCAGUUGGGGAUAUUUUGUAACUGUGCAAUUCCUGGGAAAUAAAUAAAGUUAUUUUUUAAAA